CCACCCCCAUUCCCAACCACACACACACACACACACACACACACACACACAGCAAAACACAGACAAAUCCAGAGACACCACGUGAGAGAGAGUGAGAGAGAGCGAGAGAGAGACCACACAUACUUUUGCUGUGAGGAAAAUAAGAAUUCUCACUUUUUACUGGAUCACAGCGAUGGGGGGUCACAAAUUCCGCUUCCUGAUUCUGAUCCACUUCCUGCUGUCUGACUUGGUUCAUUCUCAAGCUCCACCCCCUCCUCGCUACAAGAACAGAAUUGGGUCUGGCAUUUUCUCUGUCAUUCCUCCGUCAUCAUCUCCAAUCCCACCAGAGGAAGCAAGGUCCAUCCGAGAUGAAGAACCUCACGGUGACCCCAUCCGGCAUCUGGUCUCUGGCCUUGCGGAAUCUUUACACGGUCUUGUGCAUCUCCAUGGGAACUUGAGCUGUGUGGAUUUGGAGGUGGGGCCUUGGAAAGGGGCGGGGUUUUCGCAUGAGCUUCUGGGCUUGGUCAUGGUGCCUGUACUGGUGUCUGCAGGAUGUGAACCUGAAGCCGAGGAACUGGUGAGGAACUUGUUCACAUUGCUGGGUCAGGACGAUACACAGGAGCUUCUGGAGGACAUAGUUGCUCUGAUGAGAAAAUCAUCUCUACAUCGUUCAAAUUCCGCAUCCAUUCGGUCCAAACUGAGCGGUCAGUCGGAGCGCCACCUGCAAGCCGUGAUGUUUAACAUCCAACAGCUGGUGGAGGAAGAAGAUGUGGGUGGAGAUGUUCCUGGCUUGGAGAAGAGAUGUCAGGGCUGGAUGAGGAUGAAGGACACGAUGUUAUUAGGUCAGAAGGUUGAUCAUGGAAAGAUGCGUCUAAGCAAAGCAAAGCAUGUUUGCCGAAAUCUGGGAUUUGUCUGCGCAGGCGUGACGCAGGAAGAUCCCACCAGCCCUGAGUCGUACCACGUCGUCCUCAGAUCCGGCAGCUGGCUCAUGCCAUCGCCUCCUCCCAACCAAUCAGAGAGCUGGAUUCAGAGCUGCAGGGCGUGGCCUGUACGCUGGCGCAGACACACCGCUCCUCAGCCAGGCUGUACAAAUGAAAAAGAGGAGCGUGUGUAUAAAGUCGUGGAGUGGAUCCCUGCUGUCUCUACGCUCUAUAACCUGGGUACGGCUGUUUAUUACGCCUCCAUGAGCUGCUCGGAUACAGCGAAAGAAAGAGCCCUGAUGAGCGCCGUGGAUCUGGGAACUGACGCUCUCGUGGCAGCCACAGGCGGCACUGCGGGCAUAGCCGGAUACGCCCUGGGGGCGGGGCUUAAAACAGGCGUAAAAGCAGGAGUAAAAUAUCUGCUGAACAGAAUGAACCAGGAGGAAGACCUGCUCCUGAACCAAAACAGCUGGGAGGACGGAACCAUCAGCUUUCAAUCAUAAUAAAUAAUGAUUAUAAACUAAUGAUUAGCUCAUCAUUGGAUGUUUUUCCACUGCACCACAGGAACAGUACUUUUAGCACUAGAAAAUACAAAGGUGCUUUUUCCAAAGGUACUAACAUUUCCAGCUGGGUGUUUCUUUAAUUUGUAUUCAGGGGCGGAGCUAAUAGCAUUUAAUCAUACAAUGAUAACAUACAUAAUCAUAUAUAUACAUAUAUAUACAUCAUUUCACACAAAGGCAGCAAAAUUCCAUCCAAAACCCUUUCAAACAGCAUAAAACUCUUCACUUACUCUUCAAGUAACACCAUACAACUGAUUUCUUUUAUUAAACCAGUAUUAAUACUAAUUUCUUUUUUCUUGAGGACCUAAAAUGAUUUCUUGUUUUUAUAUAUGGUCCAAAAUUUUCCGAGGAUGUGUGUAAUAAUUCCGAUCAAUUCACGUGGAAUAAGUGAUCUCUGUAUAUUUACACAGAGAGAAGGGUGUGUCUUCACAAUAUAUGCACGCUCAUCACACACACACACAAAAAAGUUGAAGUACUUGUUGUAGGGGGCGUGGCCGUGCGUGAUCAUUAGUAGGUCACAUGAUCAUAACAGGUCUGUAGCUGCACCUGUGGUAGGAACUAAACCCAGAACUAAACUAAACUAAACCCCUGGAAGCGUUACUUCUCCGACACGCCCUUUUAAACAUAGUCUAUAUUUUAUUGUUCUGUGUUUUAAACUCGGUUUCACUUUAGUUUUGAUGGCAGAUGAUAGAAAAGAGCGAGCGUCUUUAUACUGAAGAAGAAGAAGAAGAAGCGCCAUCCAUAAUGCAAUCCUUACCGACAUGUCACUUCAUACAGGAUGUAUAUUACCUGGGAUUAUUUCUACUGCUCAUAUUUUAAAAAAAAUUCCCCAUUUUCUCCCCAAUUUAGUCUUGGCCACAUGACAGCUACCACCCGGGGAGCAUGACGUCUCACACAGGCUUCCUGCGAGACAAAAACUUCUUUUCCAACUGCUGUUCAUCAGGAUGAUGAUAUUCAGCACUCGAGUAUUUUUCAGAUAAAACCAUAUUUCUGAUUUUACUGCAGAAACAGAAGAACUGCAGCAGGUUCUGGAAAAUGAAGGAAAAACUUCCAGCUGAUUUCAUUAUAAUACGACAGUGAACCUGAGAUAAAGAUGCAGCUUUAAAGGCAAAAUGUCACAGCAAAUCCUGAUUUUACUUUACUACAGCUUCCUGUAGAUGUGUUCUUCUUAUUUUUGAAGCCAGACUUUCCUUUACAGAGUUUCUUUCACACAUCAUCACACAUUCAUACAGUAAAAUUAGUCACUUAGCUCAGCUCAUUUGUUUCGUUCCCAAAACAUCAAUGAAAUUAAUCUAAAGAACAUCCCGGAGCUGAUCUGAGGAUAAAAACACAACAAAUUGCAACAGUUCUGUGACUUUAGAGUUUUUUUUACUGUGUUAUAUUUUCAUGUUGUUAUAUUUUCACCAACAGUUGGUUUCAUUUCAUCACAGUGAUCUCAUUAAAACCCCGAUGAUUGAUUGCUGUCCAAACUCGUCUUCCAUGUUGGAUAUAUGUGUUACUUCCUGUUUAGUUCUAGUUUUUUGAGUGUGCAGUGAAAAAACGUCCAUAAAAUACCAGAAAGUAAAUAAAAAACCAGCUCUACUGCUGUGUAGUUAAAAGAUAUCGCGUUGGACUCGUGACUCUUCACAGGUUUCAGGUGAACAAACUCAAUCAAGACCUCUAUAAAUGUUUUUGUUUUUAGUUGACUAGAUAAUUAAUUUCUUAACAAUAUGACUCAUCUUUUUUUUUUUUUUUAAGAAACUAUCAAACAAAAACACUAUGCUACUAAUAUACAAUUGUUUGCAAUGUAUAUUAUGCAUUAUAUAUAACUUUAUACAUGUUUGAUCUGUUACUAUCAGGUGUUUAUGGCAAUAGAAAUAAAGAAAUUGGAAAAUUUCCUACUUAAAUGUA